CUGGGACUCAGCAUUCUUGAGCUGAGCUCGUUUAGAGUGCCGAAAUGGCCCCGGGGAGGGGCGCAUGAGCUUGGCUUUAAAACCUGAUCUGGAAUAAAGUAAGGGUUUUGCCAUUGGCCUAUCAGCGUUUGUCAUAUUACGUUCAUGGGAGGUAUAAAGAGAGGCUAAUAACCAACACAUUGAAAUUCAUCAUCACCAUCGAUCAAUCCAAUUCUACUAUACUAUUGCAACACUUCCAACAUCAAAACAACUCAUCGAUCAUCCACAAUGAAGUUCCUCUUCGCAGCCAUUACCUUCCUCCUCCCUCUGUCCUUCGCACUCCCCGCGCCCCAAGAGGGCGACACUCAGUGCCAAGACUUCUGCACAUUGGAAUAUAACCCUCAAUGUGGCAGAGACGAGGCUGGAAACACCAGAACCUUCUCCAACCCCUGUGUUUUCAGGAAGCACAACUGCGAGAAUCCGGAGCAAGUCUACACGCAGGUUGAGCUCUCGGAAUGCAAUGACUCGGCAUCCUAGAUAGGAUCGCCGGAUGCUGCGAUUCAGGAGGAAUGGCGGAGUUGGCUAUACGAGGGAUCGGCGUAAUGAAUCUUCAGAUUUUCGCAUGGCUGAGACAUAGCUAGAUCUUAUCUGGCUUAGAUUGGGAGAAAUGCAUCUAGCUGUACUUGGCAACAAUC